AUGGUAAGUAAUGCAUAUGAGCGUGCGGAGCGCGGAGACGGCGGGUGGCGUGACGACGUAGAUCCGCACUGUUCCCACUGGUUGAUUGCGAGUACCGUAAGUAUCGCUCAAGUUGGCAGCAAAGUUUGUGCGGCAUGGCAUCCACCCGCCGCCCACAUCGAUCGAAGUGGCGGCGCGCGCACUUCCCUCGGGCCAUAUAUACCGCGGUCGCGCUCUGCACCCUCACAACGCAAGAGGACGCGCGAUCGCAACACCGCCGCUCGCCCGGGGCGCUACUCUCUCUCUUCUCUCUUUUCUCUGUUCGUCUGUUUUUCGCUAAUGCGGUCGCGU